AUAGUAACUUAUUCACCACACCGAAUUAUAAGUGCUGUAAAUGGCCGGCAGUCAGUAUGUGCUUGCUUUCGAUUGGAGUGACCGGGAUAAAUAUACAAGAUGUAUGGAGCGAGACAAAUAUAUUGACUAUCGGUUUAAACUCAACACAGCCGUGCCGUGCCGACGAACGAAAGAGCGCACAAAGCGUAAUGUAAGAGAAUUGAAAAAAAUCAUCAAGUAUAGAGGCCAAAAGCAAACGCAGCAGUUGGGCGAAUUAUAUUUUUUUUGAUUAAUAACUUGAAGCAUCUCUCGCUGACUGCAUAAGCAUCAAAGUGAAUGCAAGCGGCAAAUAAACAGCGGUAAGAUAAACAGCCAAACUGAACCGAGCGAAUAAGCCCAAAAAAUUCGAAGAAGCGACGACGACCAACCAAACCAACACUUACAUACACCGACACACACACAUCCACACACACACGCACGUACGCACACAACACUCGCAGUGAAAAAGUGCAAGCCGCGAGCGCUUUUAAAGAAGGCGUGAAACACACAGAGAGAGAGCAGCUUCCAAGAAAAUUCAAUCAAACACAAUAGAGGACAUGCAAAUGUUGAUUGCAAUUCUAACAGCGGCCAGAUGCUGAUGUUUGCAAACACACUUUUGUGUUUUUAGGACGGCAACAUCGAACGGCAAACGGCACUUGCCGACGACGGCUGCGACCGCGACAGAGCCCACAUUCACACACACACACACAUACACACGCAGACGCGGACACAGAUCUGCAAAUACAGUGAGACGACACGCACACAAGAGCGCCCACAUUCACACACAUCUAUACAACAAAUACACGCGCGCUCCACAGUUGGAGCAGGAGCUAGAGCAAGAGGAGAAAGGAAGCAGAAGGAACAGGAGGAACCACAACAGGAAGCCGAGGCGAAAGAUAACUGAGGAAGAGGCCCGCUGCUCCAAUUGAAGUGAGAGGGAAGAGCGCGGCGGGAUCACAAGUUGAUGCCACUGCUGAUUCCUGGACACCUCUACAACAACAACAAUAACAAACAACAAUAACAAGAAGAGAAGCGUAUUGGCGAAAAUUUUGCAUUGAUGGUAAUGCAUGCUAGAAAACCGCAGCGUAUGAACGAUGGGUACUUUGAGAAGCAUACCAGUCACACAUCCUACCAGAGCUCAAAGUACAGCAGUUCAAAGCGCGACUAUGAACGCGAUCGUUCCUCCAACUAUCGCGAUCGUGACAUCUCGCCUGGCGCUGGCGGUGGAGGCGGCGGUGGCAGCGGUGGCGGCGGAGGUGGUGGUGGCAGCGGUGGCGGCGGCGGUGGUGGUGGCAACAGCGGCGGCGGCGGCGGCCCAUUAAAUAAUGGCAACAGCUAUCGUUCACAAUCACCGGAUAUAGACUCACCAUCAUCGCGUUCGCAUGAUCUGCGCGAGCGCAGCGAUCAUCGCAGUGGUGGUGGAGGAGGCGGUGGUGGUGGAGGCGGUGGUGGCAGCAACGAGCGAUACAGUUUCAUGCAAAAGAUGCGCGAUCGGGAUCGUGAUGUCUACAAAAAGGACAAAUAUUCAGAUAAACGUGAUCGGCGUGGCAAUGAUCGUGACUCGGAGUCGUAUCGUACGAAUCAUGACAGGGAUCGUCGUGGUGGUGGCGGUGGCGGCGCCAAGCUCUGCUCAUCGCGGGACAACGACAAGCGCUCCGGCUCCGAUGAUCGGGAUCGGGAGCGUGAACGCGAUUUGCGCGACAAGCGUGACAGAGGCGCCGAUCGUGAUCGGGAUAUGUACAAGAAGGAUAAAUAUGCAGACAAACGAGAGCGCAGCGAUCGCGGGGAGCGUGUUGCACGCUACGGUGACUGGAGCGAGCAUGUUAGCUCGUCUGGCAAAAUGUAUUACUAUAACUGCAAAACUGAAGUCUCCCAGUGGGAGAAACCUAAGGAAUGGGUAGACAGAGAAAGAAACCUGCCGCGUGAUCAGCAUCGUGAGAAGGAUUAUCGUGACAAGGAUCGGGACAGAGAUCGCGAUGAUCGCUUCUCAAGAUCAACAUACAAACAUUCCAAUUCAUCACGCGACAAUUCACGACUGAGAUGGAAUUACGACAACGAUGGCGGUCCGCCGAGUCAUCGAAGGCGGUUGGAUGUUCGACAUAACGACAAUGCUGAUAUGGAUAUCAGCGGCGACUCGACGCCCACCUCGGAGGCAAGUUAUUCGCUCAGCGGCACACCCACCACACAUGGCGGCAACGGUGGCGGUGUCGGCGGUGGCAUACAGUCUAGCGAUCAGGGCUCAUUGGCGGGCGCAUUGGGCAAUGCCCUGCCCCGACUGGCCUCCCAUCCAAAUCCCAGCGCAGUCGUUACGCCCAUGGGGGCGCAUUAUGGUGCCGCAUCAGUGGGUGUCGGAGGUGGUGGUGGUGUUGCUGGACCCGUUAGUGGCGCCACAAUGUUACCCACCAGCGGCUUGGCCUCGGUGCCAUCCAGCAUUGCCAACAGUAGCAACAGCAGCCUUAGAAACUCAGUUGUCGGACACAUUGGCUCCACAUCCAGCACGACUGUUCCGACGCUGGCGAAUCAGGAGCAUCAUCUAAACUCGAAUGCGCCCGGGCCGCCUGGGAAGCUUAGCGGCGGUAAGGAGCAAUCAUUGAUGAUGCGACAGAAGCUUCAUUUAGGACUAAGUGGCUUGGAUGUGCCGCACCAUCAUAUGAUGGGUGCUGGAGGCAGUGGUCCAACGGGCGCCGGUAGCGGUACAGUCGGCGAUGCUGUGAAUCAUGCCUACAAUUCGGUUAACAAUGUGACUGCCAGCAGCUUAAGCAGUUUAAGAGACAACAGCCAACUCAACUCACCACUGUGCAUGCCGCAUGCACAUCACAGUAUGUCGCCAUCGCUGAGCUAUACCAAGAGUCCCAUACCAACGAUCGUGGGUCACACGAACAAUGUGAAUGCCAGCAACGCCUAUACCUGCAAUGCGCCAUUUGGCCACAAGACGGUCGAUUCCGUCGCCUCACCAAUGGCAACAAAUGCCCUUGGCAAUAGCAAUGCCAUCGGUAGUGGCAGCAACAGCAACAGCUGCAGCAUACCCGGCCUGGGCACUGUCAGCGGCAUCAGCGUCAUCACCUCCAUGGGCAGUAAUAGUCUCUGCGGCAGUGGAGCUCUUGGUGGCGAGGGGCCGCCAACGCCUACGCAAGAAUUAGAUUUAAGUGGCUCAGCUUUAGAACAACACCAACAACAACAGGUGGCCGCUGCAGCAGCCGCCGCAGCAGCAGCAGCACUGGCAGCGGCCCAGGCAACGCAACAACAGGCAGCGCAACAGUCCCAGCAACAGCGUAAAAUGGAUGGCAGCGGUUCCGCCACACUCAGCACACUGCAGAGCUGUGUGGGCUCAGUGCAGACGUCUAAUCUCCGGGGUCCCGAAAUAUCGCCCAAAUUGGCGAAAUACUUUCGUGCUGAUUUAAUUGCGCAUGUGACCAACUGGCAGGCGGAAGUAUUGGAGCGUCAGGCGCAGAAAUGCUGCGAGGACACACAUCUAUUUGGGGACAUCACCUGCACUCGGAUAUGCGCUGAGCUGAAAUGUGCACGCAGUUUAGUGCGAAGCACAGAGAUCAAUGCAACGUUGCAAGAACAAAAAAUCAUGUAUCUGCGACAGCAAAUUCGCCGCAUUGAGGAGUCGAAGACUCAGAACGCGUUCAUGUCAGACGAUACUUAGGAUCAGGAGCAAGUUAGGCUGCGCGUGCAUCGCAAGCUGUCUGUCAGGCUCAAAAAGAGCACACUCUGGCGCAGCUGAUGGUGAUGAUAGUAAUGCCCCCCGACUUGGACCCCGCCCCCACCAGCUCCUUCGCCAUCAAAUCGAUGCGGAUACUAAUUUGCAAAUCUGUUGCUAGAUCAUGAGCAUGUGUCAGUUGAUCACGGGUGGGGCAGAGCAGGGACUGGGCAAUUAACGCGUGCAUCCUUCUUCGUCCUGCGGCCGGCAAAAGCUCUGUUGACAGUGUUGGCGAUUUUGCUAGUGGCAGGCAACAGUCGCUUCACAAAAUGUCAACGAGCAAUGAACAACAGCAACAACAAAAAAAUCACUCCAACAACAACAGCAGCAGCGACAAAAACAACAACAGUAACAGUAACAGCAACUACAACAUAAUGAUGAUGAUGAUGAUAAAGAUAAAGAUGAAGAGAAAAAAAACCACAAAAAUAAAACAUAAUUUAUAAUUAGCAAAGCGUAAUUAAUAACUUAAAUAAGCAUGAAGCGAAUCGGCAAUGUUGGGCCUAUGUUGCCGUUAUCUAAGAACAAAAAUAACACCAAUAACAACAACAAUCGUAACAAUAUUUAGCAAAACAAAUUGAAAGCAAACACAACAGAGACUACAGACAACAAAAGAAACAAAAUCAAAAAAAAAAACGAAACCAAUUCAAAAGCAAUAUGAAAGAAGCCUCCUCGUAUCGAAUCGAAGCAACAACAAAAUAGAUCAAUUUAACAAGAUUGAAUGCAAAACACCAACAACAACAACAAAUAAAAAACAAAACAAACGAAACAAAAAAACAAACGUAAGGAAAACAAGUCAACCUAGUAUACUCAACUGCAAUAAAAUGCUAAUUAACCUAUAUACAAAUUAUAUAUAUAGAGUAUAUGAAAAUGUAUAUUUACAACAACAACAAAAAGAUGUGUGACAGCCUCGAAAACCCUCUUUCCUCAAAAAAACUCGUAGGAAAACUGAAAAAUCUAAUGUAAUUACAAAUGGAUCAGAAAGAGAGAGACGAAAAGAUUGUGGUGUCACACACCACGCGUGAGAGCGAAAGAGCAAGCGAUAGAUAGAUAGACAGAGAGGUAAAGAGGGUGAGGUCCACACGCUUAGCCUUCUUAGUAGCCGCAGUAAAUCCAUUAGGGGGAUUCACACUGUGACAGUCAAAUUUCAUGGCUGUCGCUUUGUUGAAUACCAAAAUAAGUUUUCUUCUGUUUUUGUUUUAUAUCAAUAAUAUUGCAUAAGUGUUGCGUUGCAUUACAAAACGUUUCAUUUAGUUAUAUUCUUUGUUGUUUCCGAGGGUAUAGGUAAAUACUUGUUGUCAAAUUGUCAAAAAUCACCUAACAACCAAUAAAUAAUUUGUAGUUAACAUCUACACACACA